AUGGGCGCCAAGCAAAAGGGCGGCGCAAAGCCGAAGAAUACGGCGGAGGAGGUCGAGGAGACUCUUCAGGCUGUCGUACUUGCCGAUACUUUCGAGACAAGAUUCGAGCCUUUCACUCGCGACAAGCCCAGGUGUCUACUCCCUCUCGCCAAUACCCCUCUCAUCGAAUACACCCUCGAGUUCCUUGCCAACGCGGGCGUGGAAGAGGUCUUCCUCUACGCGGGUGCUCAUUCAGAUCAACUAGAAAAAUACAUCAACACCUCAAAAUGGCGAGCCCCGUCCUCACCCUUCAAACAAUUGACCUUCCUCAAGUCCACAUCCACCUCGGUUGGCGAUGUUAUGCGCGAUCUCGACGGCAAGCAUCUCAUCACUGGCGAUUUCCUCGUUGUUAGCGGCGAUGUCAUCAGUAACCUCCCAAUCGAGGGCGCUCUGUCCAAGCAUCGCAAGCGCCGCGAGGCUGACAAGAACGCCAUCAUGACCAUGGUCCUCCGCGAGGCGGGCCGUAACCACCGCGCCAAAUCCUCCUCAAUCUCUCCCGUCUUCGUUAUUGACCCAACCAAGGAUCGCUGUCUGCACUACGAGGAGAUCGAUCACCACUCCGACGAGCACCCGGCACGCUUGAACAUUGAUACCGAUAUCAUCUUGUCCACGCCCGAAUUGGACAUUCGGCAGGACCUUAUCGACUGCAGCAUCGAUAUCUGCACUCCGGACGUGCUGAGCUUGUGGUCCGACAGCUUUGACUACCAGUCUCCCCGGAAACACUACUUGUACGGAGUUCUGAAGGACUACGAGCUGAAUGGCAAGACCAUCCACACAUACAUCAUUAAAGAGGACUACGCCGCGCGGGUACGUAACCUCAAGGCCUACGAUGCCGUCAGCAAAGACAUCGUCUCGCGCUGGGCAUAUCCCUUGUGCCCGGAUACCAACCUCCUCCCGGGCCAUACUUACAGCCUGCGGAAGGGCAACUUGUACCAAGAGCAGGGAGUCACAUUGGCUCGCUCGUGCGUGCUCGGUCGACGCACCGUAAUCGGUCGGGGUACUCACAUUGGCGACCGGUCAACGGUGCACAGCACGAUUCUCGGACGGAACUGCAAGAUUGGCAAGAAUGUCCAGCUGGAUGGUGCCUACCUCUGGGACAAUGUUGUGAUUGGGGACGGCUCGGAUGUUCGCGGGGCUAUUAUUGCCGAUGGCGUCGUGGUCGGCAAGAACUGCUCUAUCGCACAAGGCGCUCUCCUCUCCUACGGCGUUAAGAUUGCAGAUGGAGUCAAGAUUGAGAGUGGUAUGCGCAUUACCCGGUCCCGGCCCGAUGGUAGCGUGGGCACGAGUGACCCCGCCGUAGUCGGCGAGGGCGGCGAGGGCUACGAAUUCAUCCACGGCGAGGACGACGACGAGGUUGAUGAUGAUAUCAGCGUUGCCUCGUCGGGAUUGGUAUACCGCAUGCCCCGUCUUUCACUAUCCAACGCCUCGAUUUCCACCCUGUCUUCUGAAGUGUCCGAGGGAUCAUGGCCCCGUUCUGGACGGAGCAGUUUCUCCGACGGCGAAGAGCAAGAUAAUUUCCACCACGAUGCGUCCGUCAGCGUCUUCGACAGUCUGCGCGAGGGUACCUCCGCCGACGUUGUGCAGUUGGAGCUAGUCAGUCUACGUAUGACCGCCAACGCCUCCGACGUCCAAGUCCGCCGCGCCAUUGUCUCCUCCUUCAUGAAGUACAUCCAACAAUUGAUGGAAGGUGGCAAGGGAGCCGGUGAGGCCGUGAAAGAAGUUUUUACCAAAUACCGUGAAGUCGUGGACCGGACCUUGUUCGACCGAAACAAGGAAGCCAAGAAGGACCAGGUGGACUUUAUGCUUCAAUUGCAGCAGGAUCUUGUUCACCGGAACAAAGGCUCAAGUAUCCUUCUGUUUACGGCGAAGGAGCUCUAUGAUCUGGAGCUGGUGGAUGAGGAGGCUUAUGAGCAGUGGUGGGAUGAUGAGCGGUCUAGUAGUACCGAGGAGAUGCGGACGGUUCGGGCUCAGACGCAGCAGUUUGUGGAUUGGUUGGCGAAUGCUGAGGAGGAGAGUAGCGAAGAGGACGAUGAGGAGGAGGAUGAGGAGGAGGACAGUGAUGAUGAGUAG